AUGUCUGGCUAUGCCACUCGCUCACGCAAUGACCAGCUGAACUAUCGUGUCCUUGCUGGUAUUCAAGCUGAAGGUCAGAAGCCUCGUCGCACUUCUGCUCAGGUUGUAGAAGAGCGUCAGCAAGUAGAUGCUCGGCGUCGUGAAGCUGAAGCUAAGAGGCAGGCAGUAGCUCAGCGGAUUGCCGAGCUCGAGGAGGAGAUGGCCCGUCAGGAUGUGGAUGACCACGAGGGUGCUGGAUGUACAUUGGCAUCCUUCACAGGCUUCCGUGCUGGGCCUAGCGCUGUGGCAGAUGUUGAUGCUGCGGGUCUUCGCGAAGGGAACAGAAUCGGGGCUAAUGGCAGUAAGGCCAAAAAACUUUCACGUGCUGAUGUAGAGGCAGCACACAAGAGGAAGGAGGUAACUACAGUUGUCAAGAAAGUGGGACAAAAAAAGGAGAACAGAGCCUCAGUUAUUGGAUCUACAGCACUGGCGGCGACGCGCAAGCGCAAGGCUGAGUCGCAGGAAGUCGUGGGUGCCACAGAACAUCAUGCGAAGCGGUCAAAAGCUACUCAUGCUGGAGUUCGGUCAAUGUGGACACCGCAUUCAUCAAAGAACACUACCUCGACUGCUGCCAAGGUGAAGACGUCUGCAGCCUCCAAUGGAGCUAGCAUGGGGGGUAUCAUCGUCAAUGCUGAAGCAACCCUGGUAGAGGACUCUGACGAAGAUGAUCUGGUGGAACAUGUAGCUGUAGGUAAUGGCAAAGCUAUACACCCUCACACGACAUUGGGUGUUGUCGAAAUCAAUCCCAGAGCUCGAGCGGUGGACUCUCAGCCUGUAAAGCGAGGGCCAGUCAUUGCCAUUCGUUGCCCCAACGGCAGCAGGAAGUUCACGAACACUGAUCUCCCAAUCUCAAGUGCAUCGAUGUGGGUAUGGCGUCACCAGCUGAUUCCGCAUUACCUGGAAACCUUGGGCGAAUCCGCUUCAAAUCCGUGGAACUUUACAGGCCUUAACUUGGUCGCCAUCCUGCAACUUGAAGAGUUGUGGGAUGAGUUCUUCCCAGAUAUCCCACUCAUCGUCGUGCCUCAUGAGCCAGUCUAUGACAUUGCUCAACAGAAGGUGUACGAGUGGAGAUACAGCAUAGCGAAGGCAGGUGUUGCUGCCGUUUCAGCAUUCUUCGAGGACGAGGACAAUGGACUGAUGACAGAGGAAGAGAGGGCCGCGUACAUUCGUUAUGUCAUCGGGCCCAAUUUGCCAUUUCGGUACGCUGGUGCGACAAUGAAGGGUCGGAAUGGCAAACCCCAGUACGUUGAGCAUGCCUUGAGGCAGUAUGAGAGUGGCGUGUUCAUAAAGACUGAUCAGAAGUUUUCUCAGGAUAUCCAUGGCCGGUUGACCGACUACUACAUGCUCUCGAUCGCGAGCCUGAGGGAAGCGACCUGGAACAAAAUUAUAAAUGCCACUGCACCUUUGGCAUGCCUGUCAAGUAUCAUGCCAGGUGACCUUGGUGGCGAUGAGUGGGAUAAAGUCGUUGAUGCCGAGUGCGGCAAUAUUGAUGAUGAAUCCGCCAGUGACGGCGACAUGGAGGUUUAA